GUCUUAGUUACUACUUUUACCAGGGUUUGUUCGUGUCAGCGUGUCUGUGUAUCAAUGGCGGGAGUGAAAGCUUCAUCAUCUAAGUCCAUCCAGCGACGUCGUCCUCCCAUAGUUCGUAUUGUUGUCGCCGGAGACAGUCAAACCGGUAAAUCCAGCCUCAUUCAUGUCGCGGCCGGCUAUAAAGCUGGAACAAGGGUCUUUAAGAAUCCUGUAUUGCCCCCUUAUUGUGAUGCUAUCCCAAUCAAACUCAUUGACACUUCUUCUCGUCUUGAGGACAAAGAUAUAGUUGAUGAUGAACUAAAGCAGGCUGACUCAGUAGUCCUCACUUAUGCGUGUGAUCGACCUCAAACACUUCAAAAUCUAACCACAAUUUGGCUCCCUCAUCUUUGCCGAUUAAAGGUCAAAGUUCCGGUUAUAGUGGUUGGUUGUAAGCUUGAUCUGCAAGAUGAAAAUCAGCAAGUGAGCCUAGGACAGAUGAUGUCACAACUAAUGCAGCAGUUCUGUGAGAUUGAAGCAUGCAUUCAGUGUUCAGCAUAUAGUAGUAUCCAGGUCUCUGAUGUUUUCUUCUUAGCACAAAAGGCUACUCUUUAUCCCACCGCUCCUUUAGUAGAUAAGGAGUCUAAAACUCUAAAACUUCGAUGUGCGUGGGCUUUGAAGCAGAUUUUUAUCCUUUGUGACCGUGACAGAGAUGGUUCUCUUAGUGAUGCUGAACUGAAUGAUUUUCAGGUUCAAUGUUUCAAUGCUCCUUUGCAACCACAUGAAAUUUUGGAUGUAAAGAAGGCUGUGCAAAAAAAGUCGUCUAUAAGUGUGAAUGAACGAGGACUCACUUUGACAGGAUUUCUACAUCUUCAUGCCCUUUUCAUAGAAAAAGGGCCUAUUGAGACAAUAUGGACCGUGCUCAAUAAUUUUGGAUAUAAUGAUGAUGUCAAACUUGAUGAUUUCAUUCCACCUAUGAAACGUGCACCUGAUCAGAGUGUUGAAUUGACAAAUCAAGCAAUUGGUUUCUUGGUGAAAAUCUUUGAUGAGUUUGAUGGCGAUUCGGAUAAGGUGCUGCAACCCCGUGAACUUGAAGAAUUGUUUUGUACUGCCCUAGAAAGUCCCUGGAUUGAAAACCCAUACAAGGAUGCUGUAGAAAGGAAUGCAUUUGGAGGACUAUCACUUGAUGCAUUUUUGUCAAAGUGGGCACUCAUGACACUUCUAAACCCAACUUUUAGUGUGGAGUACUUAAAAUACAUGGGUUAUCCUGGUGAUCCAUCAUCUGCUAUAUGUUUGACUAGGAGACGACGUGUGGAUCGCAAAAAACAAUGUUCAGAACGAAAUGUUUUGCAGUGCUUCAUUUUUGGGCCUAUGAAGGCUGGAAAAUCUGCAUUAUUGAAUUCUUUCAUCGGAAGGCCAAGUUCUGAUGUUCACAAUCCAACCAACAAGGAUAGAUAUGCUGUAAAUGUUGUUGAUAUCUCUAAGGAAAACAAAAAAUAUCUUGUGCUGAGAGAGAUUUCUGAAGGUGGAGUCACAGAGCUGCUGGCCAACAAGGAGUCUUUAGCCUCAUGUGACAUUGCAGUUUUUGUUCAUGACAGGUCCGACAAUUCUUCAUGGAAGGCAUCUGAACUCUUGUUAAAAAUUGCUGGUCAUGGAGAAGACACUGGCUUUCAGGUGCCCUGUCUUAUAGUUGCAGCUGAAGAAGAUCAGGAUUCAUUUACAAUGGCUGUAAAAGAGGUUGGAAUAGGCGAUGUAGUCUUUUAUAGUUGGGGUUAGGUGCCACCAUUCUCAUGGAAGAAUCUAUAGUUUUUCAUAGACCAUCAUCAGCAUGGAGUUUCUCGACGGAAUAUUGGAAAAAACCUUUGCUGGUGCCAUUGCUUCUGUUGUUAACAGAGAUGUAACGGGGUCAAUGGAAUUAACAGGCCUUGGUAUGAUGUGGAUCACUCAAUACACGUGUUAAAUUUUUAGUGGGUAACAGGAUAAACAGGGGUACUGUUUGUAAGUUUUCUCCUUUUCAUUAAUUUAUUUAUUUGCAUGGUCAUAUACAUAAUUGUACAUGCAUAUUGUUGGAUGGGUUAGAUAACUAGAUGUUUAACAACGUGAAUGACAUGUAUGUCUUGGAAUUAUGAUUCCAUCCAAACUUUCUGAUUAGUAAUAACUAUAUAGCAUGUAGUAGUCUGUGUAUAUGUAUGCUUUGAUCUUCAGAUUGACAUUUGAUUAAGCAGAUUGAAAGCUAAUUUAAUUUUUAUUGUUUCACCUUUUGUAUAUUGUGAUGUUUUGGAUUUGUGACAUUUUUUGCGCAUUUAUUGUAUGUCAUCUUUGAAUGGCAGUUUCACGCCAUUAAAUAAGAUAUUGGUAUCGUCAAAAAACAAAGAUUUUGGAAAUAUUGCAAUACCUCAUUUACAAAAAUAAGGCAUUGCACCUCAUUUACAUAAAUAUUGCUAUACCUGUUUCAAGCAGAAGUUUGAAACGGUUCUA